AUGGAGUCGGCGCUUCAUGCGAUGGACCAACUUGAAAGGGAUAUUCAACAAAACUACAUCUAUAAUCGGAGGGCGCCUAGUAAUCCAUGGGCCCCCUAUCUUCCAUCUUCUAGAGGAGGCUACACAAAUCCGCCUUCAGGAAGCGAAUACUUUCAACCUCGCCCUCCUGCCGACAUCCGCAUAAAUCGCAGCAACGCGUCAGACGCUAGUCAGUCGUCCUCGGGCUCUGAGAUAGCACGCUGGCCAGGCCGUCAGGAAGAACGGUACGAAUACCGAACCACUGAACAUGGUGGCUACACUGGGUAUUCUGGAAGGCCGGAUAGACAUUACCAUCAUCAUCAUAGGGAGAGGCCCGCCGCCUCGUUUCAUAGACCGUCGGUACCAAGAUCGCACUCGCACUCGCACUCACAAUCACGAAGCCGGCCCAGAGAUGUGUACGCACCGCCCAUUACGCCACACAAUUCGACUUAUACUCGUCAUUAUGUUUUGAAUGAUAAUCCAGCAGGGUUUCCAGAGGAGCCGCCAAAUCCUUUAGUGAACCAACAAGACUCUCCGAGAUCUAAUGAUGGACACAGACUACUUAUCGAUUAUGGAGGGAGUCAAACUCAUGACCUUGGCGCAGACCAUGAUUCGAUACCGCCCUCAUCUCCAAACGCACUUACCCCUGAAUGGUCUAUGGAGACAACAAGAGGCUCGGAGAAUUUAUCGCACAACUCAUCGCUGGGAUAUCAUUCUGAGGAUUCAGGGCGCUCGGGGUAUGGCUACGGGCGAUCAAGGGGGUAUAUUGAGCCAUACAGCCACGACCACUCGCUCGAGGAUGGAUACCAUGAAUAUCUUGAUGAUGGUGAACACGGGUAUGCAAGUGAUGGUGUUGCAAGUGACGAAGGUGUAUAUUACUCCUCUGACGAAGGACCGUAUAGUGAUGGGGGCGCGUACUCGGAUGGAGGUUACAGUUCAUACUAUUCGGAUUAUUAUGAAGAUGAUGACGAUGGCUUAUACAACGAUGCCUCAGAUUCAGAGUAA